AUGGAGCGUUUCCCUCGCACAUCUGAAGACGCCGACAAACUCCUCAAGCUAUCGGACCUACUCCGUGACGCGGCCCUGACUGUCAAGGAAGAGUGGAGCAAAGAAGUCUUUGACGAACCAUCAAACAUUCCCAACGGCAAAGCAAGCGGUGGACACCACAGUCAUGAAGCAACAGCCAGGAUCCUCCCCAGUCGAAAGCUCUGGGACGCCGAGAGGACAAUCGAGGCUGUUUCGGGGGUUUUAGUCGAGCUAGUCUCAGAGCCACACCAACGGAUCCAGCAGGUGCUAACCCAAUACAUGGAAUCAAGGGCUCUGUUCAUUGCGGCUGAGCGCAGGAUCCCGGAUUUGCUUGCCGAGGCGGGUGAGGGGGGGUUGGAUGUUGAGACUUUGGGGCGAAAGACCAAGAUUGAGUACCGGAAAUUGGCUCGUAUCUUGCGUACACUCUGCGCAAUCCACAUCUUCACUGAAGUCGCCGAGGGCCGCUUCGCCAACAACCGCAUUUCCGCUUCGCUGGUGCAAAACCCUGGUCUUCGGGCUUAUGUGCAAUUAUUCGGUCUGCACGUGUCCGCGGCGGCGGAGCAUCUACCCCGCUACCUUGUCGGGCCGAAGGGCGCGUCUUACAAGGUGGAGGAGACGGCGUUCCAUCACGCCAUGGGGACUGACAGGCCUCUUUGGGAGUGGAUGACACAGCGACUGCCUUCGGAUCAGGUCACUUCUGAUGGGCCUGGGUACCCUGGUGUGCCCGAGUUGGCGAACUUUCCUGUCUCGUUUGAUCACAAGGGUCUGGUAGGGAGGCCGGAGUUGGAGAACUUUGCUUUGGCUAUGUUGGGGGGUGGUCAGGCGUCGGGUACUGCGCAUGCGUAUGAUUUUCCGUGGGGUGAACUUGGAGAUGGGCUGGUUGUGGAUGUCGGCGGUGGAGUUGGGGGGUUCGUCUUGCAACUCCUACCAAUCUAUCCCCGGCUCAAGUUUGUCGUUCAAGACCGGCCGGAAAACGUGGAGAGGGGCGAACGCGAGAUAUUCCCGGCUAAAGCCCCUGAUGCCUUGGCUGCAGGGAGAGUCAAGUUCAUGCCCCAUGAUUUCUUUACUGAAAACCCAGUGAAGAACGCGGAUGUCUACUGGCUACGCGGAAUUCUACAUGACUGGUCCGAUGAUUACUGCGUGAGCAUUCUCAAAGCUGUCAAGGCUUCCAUGGGCCCCAAAUCAAGAAUUCUGAUAUGUGAUCCCGUCAUGAAUACCACUUUUGGCUGCGAUGAGAUUGAAGCAGCACCGAGUCCGCUCCCGGCAAAUUACGGGUACCAUGUCCGUUAUUGCCACAACCGGGAUAUUGGUCUCAUGGCGACCAUCAACGGGAUUGAGAGGACUCCUUCCGAGUUCAAGGCCUUGUUCGAGGAAGCUGGGCUGCGCCUGGUGAAGUUCUGGGAUACAAGGAGCAUGGUCGGGAUUACUGAGGCUGGUUUAUGA